AUGAUGUAUGCAUUGGUAAAAGUUCCUCGUGACAACAAUAAAAAAGUUAUUGUUGAAACCCGCUACAUUCUUAAUUUCAGUGAGUACAAUGUUUUAACUAAAAACAAUGUAAAGGAACUGUCGAAUGAAAAUGUUCACGUCCGAAAUCCGAAGAUAAAUAAUUCUUCAGCUCUAGAUACGUCUACAGAUGAUGAUGAUGGAGACAAGAAAUCGGGGGUCACUAAGGCCAAACUAGUGAGAAAGAUCAAGAAUCAAAAUAAAUUGAAGGUUAAAAAGCAAAGAACAGAAGAAAUAAUUCAGGCUUUUCAAAAAAUUCAAAAAGGAAAUUCUGAAAAAAUCACUACUGACACCCAUUCAGGUGACGACUCAUUGUCAGAAAUAGAUGAAAUUGAACAAAACUCAUCUAAUCCUGAAAAUAAUCAAGAAAAUGGACGAGUGAUCAGAAAGAAUCGAAUCACUAGCGAGAUCGACUCUAAAAGUCAUAUGUUCGAUGAUCCACCAGAGCAAUACAUUGAACCAAUUGUUAUUAUCAAUGAAAAUAAUUUUGCUAACCAAGAAGAGACAGAUGAGGAUAAUAGUAAGAAUCCACCUUCAAUAUCAACAAAAAAAGAUAAAAAUCUCACCCGACCUAUUUUAGCCAGUAUUUCGAAAGUUGACUCAAAUCCGUCGGUGCCGCAACUAUUAGAAGACAAUCGAAUGAAGGAAGAGGAAAUACUUCUUAUCAACAGCACCAACAACAGCAACAACAACAACCAACAAAAACAAAAACAACAACAACAACAACAACAACAACAACAACAACAACAACAACAACAACAACAACAACAACAACAACAACAACAACAACAACAACAACAACAACAACAACAACAACAACAUGAUCGUUAUAAUUCCUACAAUUAUCUUGAGAAUGAUGUUUCAUGUUGGAGACGAUAUUUAUAUGGCUGUGUUACAGGUCUACUCAUAAAAUCUACCCACAGCCAUCAACGACAUCAGCACUCAGUAAAACUUUAA